CGAGAGUGAGGGCUGAUGAAGCUUGUCGCAUCUUUUUUAGAGACAUUGUCGUGCCACUUUUGAGAGUUAGUCGUGUGGCGAAGCAUUGAUGUAGUUCGUUGAGAAAACUUCCAAGGUCGUUUCUGUUUCAAUCUUCGGUGCAAGUCUCUCCUCUGUUUUCCUUCGGUUUUAUCGAGUUAUUAACUGGUGCCUGCUGAAGAGGUGAGUGUUGACUAUAUUAACAUCAGAAAGUAGGACUACGUCGAUGAAACUUACCAUCAUCUACUUCAUCUUGUGUAGAAGAAUGCUUAAGACUGUGAUUUUUAGCCAUCUUCGCCAUCUUCAAUCAUGUGUAGACAGAGCCAGAGGUAGAGGUGGAUGAACAAUUAUAAUCACACAGACAAUUCGAACUCGCCAAGACUGAACAAAAUUACCGCUUCCCCAACAUCUUAGUCACGAUUUCCAGGAGAAGAGCGGAGCCCGUGACUUCCUCGCUUUUAUCGCACACUAUUCGUUUUCAACUUCAACUUGUUUGAAAAGUAAAAAAAAACUGCUUCAUCUACUGAGGAGACUACAAGAAUUUGCUGUUCUUCUACGUCUAGUACUUUCGCGAAGAUCUAGAUCAUACAGUUGGUAUGAAGAACUUGUUUCUAAAACAAGCACUACUAGGAUUAUCACUCACAAGUAGAACGAGAGUUCUUUCUAGGUCAGCACUUCUUGAAUACUAGUAGUACUAGUAUCUCGCCACGCACUAUACGUAUACUGAAAGAGAACCAUCUGCAUACUUGAGAAGAUAUUCACAACUACAACGAAUCUGGACCAAUCAAGAUCAAGAAAUUGUGCUCUUCUUCGCUACUUUUUGGACGACAACAUUCCAACUUGUUUUACUUUGCAUCAACAUCGCUGCUGGGACGCAGGCAGUUGACGGACAGAGCACAGAAGCGCAAGCAGAGCUUAGGCAAUAGAAGUAAAAAAGACUCGACGAACAAAGUUCUGAUCGGUUUACGCAGGUACUAUUCGGGUACUAUUCUUUUUUUCCUCAACGAGCAUGCAUGAGAAUCAUUCUACCAACUGACUAGUUAUUUUAGUUAUAUCUUCCUCAUUCACAACAUCUGGGUUACAACUUCUUAUAAUUAUGAUAUGAUGUUGCUUGAAUACAUCAAAUUCUACUCCGUUCCAGUUGUAUUUGACAAAGUAGUUGUAUUUGAUAAAAGAAACUCCUCUCUAGCUUCUAUCACAAGCUUCUCAACUUCAGGGACAAGUUCGUUCAAGUCAAAGCUUUACAUUCUUUGGAUAAAAGUGACAUUUUGAGUUCACUCGGUGGACAGUUUGUAGGGCCUUCCUCCGGGUCUGAGCGAGGCCCCGACUUUGAAUGUGAAAAAGAAGACUCUUGUAGCCCGCUUCGUCUUUCCGUACUAUUAGUCGGGGGAGCUUAUUGUAGUAUGGAUCCAAAAGUCCAGUGCGUUGUAGUAUUGUGUGUCGUGACGUAGUAUCUAACAGAAGACGCACACGCACAUAGUAUUUAACAGUAACAGACAGAAACAGAAUUGGAGGUAUAUAGUAUAUGAUCAUUGCUGCGCGUUAGCGUUUCCCAGGAGCUGGCUAAGAAGCCAGUACUGGAGGUUCUAUGUGAUGUCGCUAGACACAGUCACAGCAGGAGCUGCACUACAUUAGCGUGGCGUGCUUCUCAGCACUAAGAUUUGCAGAUUUUUGCUGGUCCAACUGUGCCUUGCUUGUGCGUCGUGUUUCGUUGGGUCAUCUCGACGCCGGGUUCUAUGCUUGUGUUUGGUGUGGUUCUGUGCGUAAAUGAUUGCGGUUUUUUGUGCUGUGUCUCGUAGGGGUGGGAGACGAGAAUUUAGACCUUCCAGAUAACAAAAAGGUGGAAAAUCCUAAGCCUUCUAAACAAGGCUAAACACAACUCCCAUGAGUGAACGUGAAGGAAGCGAGGGCUCCUUCCCUAGCUAGAUGAAGCGAUUGAAGGUGCCUAGCGAGAAGAAGGUCUAGUGAAGUAUAGUUGUCAUUUUUGAUAUUUUCAUAGUCGUGACAGUGAGUGCUAAAGCUAAUGACCUCUCCGCAGGCGAGCCCGCUUCCAUCCUAUUUCAUCUCUAAGAGAAUUUCAUCUCUAAGAGCAGGACGAGGGUAUCUAGUUGUAUGUGCUAGAUGAGAAAUAGUACUACCAGUUGCCUCCCCCUCAUCUACUUUUGGAUGCCUCCGCGGUCUCUCGUAUGGGGAUACUGCUUCUGCUAACUACGCAACACCCACAGCUCGCAGCGUGACAUGAUGUUGUGAGCAGUGAGCGUUGCAGCGUGGGUCUAACUUUUGAGGUCUACAAUCUCAGACCAGUAAGUUAAUUAAGCGCUUUACCGAAGGCGAAGGGUGUGUGCUUUGUUUCGCUUUUGUAACAUCUUUAUCCGACUUCUAAGUUUUUAGUUCGUUUUGUAGGCUUUGGACCUGCAUGACUAUGCACCUACGUUCACCCGCCAUGUUUUGUUUAUAUAAUGUUAUUUAAACAUGCAGGCGCCUCAGCCUGGGGGGCAUCAUACCAAACACUUACCAAGAAUUAGUUUGUAAAAAGUUCAUGAAAAGUGAGGAGCACAAUUUCUUCUUGGCCCACCCCCUCAUACGUAGUUGACACGAAACUGACGCGCACACAAUCAGGCAUUCGCAUUCUGGGUCAGCAAGCGCAAGGCACUUUCGAGACUCUUCUUCAACAAGAAUAGCAGCCAUCUACGGUAGACCCCGUAAAAAAGAAAAAAGAUGGAGGGCCAGCGUUGGGAUACGGCACAAGACGUAGACGAUUACGUCUUGGAGAAAACCAUGAUGAAGAUUCUGCAGGAGGAGAACGAUUAAGGCUUUCUUGAUGGGGGUCAUUCUGGAUGAAAGGGUCGCGAUCAAGGAAUAUCUUGAUGAGCGACCGGACGAAUAUUUCUGGAUGAGAGGGUCGCGAUCAAGGAGUAUCUUGAUGAGCGACCGGACCCCUUCCAGGACUCCCCAGAAGUAUGCUCUAAAACAAUGACAAAGGGGCGCUUCCGUCUCAGUCGUCGAAUACCAAGGCGCCGCCACGAGGUGGAGGCUGGGCAUGGCAAGUCUACGCUUACAUUGCGCUGAUGUUCUUCACCUUCUUCUGGGUGGUGGACCUGUCCGCGGGUGGUUUUGUUUUUAUGGGGAUUGUUCAAUAAGUUAAUCAUCGAUCUGCAGAUGAGAUGACUUAAUUUGUUCAAUGAAGAAAGACAUUAGAAUUACCAGGGUGCAUGUGCUUCGAUAGGCAUAAUCCUAAAAGCAUUUUGUUGCCGAGGUCUCUAGAUGUUGAAAGGCAGACACUUCGACUUCCACUCUUUCGAAAUGUGCCCAACGAGCAUCCGUCCCUAUGAUCCUCAUUGGCCCACGCCAAUUGACCCACGCCAAUUGACCCACGCCAAUUGACCCACGCCAAUUGACCCACGCCAAUUGGCCCACGCCAAUUGGCCCAAGUCAACUGACCCACGCCCGUUGACCCAUGUCAACUGACCCAAGUCAAUUGACCCACGCCAAUUGACCCAUGUCAAUUGACCCACGUCAAUAUCUUGAGUUCUGUUCUUUUUCCUAGGUAGUACGAAGGUGCCACAUGACCCAUGAUCCAGGUCUUCGAUCAUUUGCAGUCUCAAUUUCGUGUGUCUCCUGCAUCCUGGUCUCCCUCUCUUCUUCUCUAUUGUUCUUGGGCUUGUCGCUUAUAGGGGCCUGGACCAUUCAAAGUCUAUACCUUUUUUAUGGCACGAUGGCACUCUGUGGCUAGGUGAAAGGUGGCUUGUUGCUGUUUUUACUUUUUAUUUCGUUUUUGUGACUACUCUUUCUGACCCCGCCCUCUCUUCCUGGUCUUGAUAGUGAAUGAUACGGCUAUGGCGAACGGUAAGUUUUACAUACUGAUAGGUGUACACUUUAGAAUAGAUUCAAGCACUGAGUUCUCUGCUUCUUCAAAGCUUCUUUCGUUUUUGUUUCUGCACCCUCUUCGCCUCCUCAUACAUAGUCUGUCGGCCUGCUUCGCUGAUCUGGGUGGAAGCAGCGUGUGUCUGUGUGCGGGCCUCUUUUUUCUUUCUUUAAUGAUAAUCACAAUGACGAUGGCGGUGGGGCAACAGAUUCGUUAGCAUUAGUUCAUUUAAGUCUCCUUUUAGAUGAUCUACUAGUACCAUGAUCUGGAUCUCUAAUGCGCCACCCUGUUCCACCGUCACUGCCUUUCUUUCACCUUAAUCGGCUCACUUUCCCUGUUCUUAGGUUACCCUUCCCGGCCGCAUGAUAAUUCUUAGAAAAGUAGAGAGAAGGCGUUGUCUUUGAUGGUUCAAGGAAUAUUAUUAAUAAAGUAGAUACAUUUACAUAAAGGGAGUAGAAGUCAUCCCCUGUCCUCAUCAUGAUAAUGACCCCUGUUCUCGAUACAGGAAUACCUAGCCCAACUUCUAGUGACCUUGUCUAACCUCCUCACGGCAGUCAGCAGUCUCGUGUCUACUCCGAAUCAAGCGCCGGCUCAUGACUCUUCGGGCAGACAAGGCGGCGUUAAGACGGGGCAGGAGCCGUCGCUUCGCGGCUUUGGUGCUAAGCUCUACCAGCAGGCGAGCACGUCUUCCAAGUUUAUCCUGCCAAAGGAGGGAAAGGGGCAGUCGUCUUUUCUUGCGACAUCAAAUGCUCCGGGCUGCAAAGGGGUGCUCGGUUGUGGUGCUGAAAGUCCGCCGAAGUCGAGUGAUGCAGCUAGUAGUUCUUUCUUCGCUCUUGCCGUAGGGACAGAUCCCUGGGAGCACGCGGCGGUAAAUUUCCUAUCUUGUCAGCCUCUCAGGGUCAUCGGUAUAUUGACUAGAGCAAAAGGCAGCGCCGAUAGAGGUUGUCUCCUUUGUUUGAUAUCAUAAAAAAUGAGUUGGGCGAGGUAGUUUCUGGGCGUCUCCAAUGGUAUUACUAGACCCUCCGAAUGUUGACGAGGCCAGGGCUUUUCUCGUCGUGCGGCCUAGCUCUUUGCUUGGUUUUGGCUAGUUUAAGGAGGCGGAGACAUCUCGGGACCGAUGCGUGGCGCCAUUCUGCUAGCUUUGCAGUGGACCAGCGGAGCGGGGCGACCCUCCCGUGGAUGGCAAAGUCUGGACUCUACAUGCGUCUCCAAAGGGGCCGCCCCCUCCUGGAGGCUCUGGUCGGGGGUGCUUUGGAGGGGUGUCAAAAAGGGAGACAAAAAGGGCCCAACUUGACACCCCAAGCAAGGCGGG